AUGUUCCCUUUGGGCAUUGCUCCAACUUUCCCGCUUUGCUCACUCGCCUCCUCCACGUGGAGAUUACUGGGAGACUCAGGCUGCGAUGCGGAAGUAAAGAAAGAAACGACGAGACAUACCUGGGUGCAAAUCGGCACCGGUCGUCCCACCCCAUACAGUUUUUGUGGGAACAUCUUCAGCUAUUGGAUCGGUACGACAACGGAGAAGGCCACAGGUCCCAAUUACCUAGGAAUUCUUGCGAUUGGUUGGUGUUACAUACUCUCUGCAGAGCUGGUUGCAAAGCAAGGAGGUAGUGCCGUUAUGCGUUACACAGAUUCUCGUGCCGAUAUCUUGGGUGAAGGUCCCUACAAUCCAUCAGAGGAGGUUCAUUUCAUCGACGUGGGGGAAGUGGAUGAACGAACUGCUCGCUGGUGGUCUGCGAUACUCGCAAAACGCGAAGGAUGGCAAGCCAUCGUGAAGGGGAAAUACAUCGCACCUUGGUCAGUAUCUCGCACGUGUGAAACUCCUUUCAUCAUCAAACGACGAAGAAACUCGCUACUAAGGGACUCGCUACCUCUUGUGCAAACGCCUUUAUCCUCGGAUGACGCCUUCGAUGCUCUUCUUGAGUUUGCGAGUUUACAUAACCUCGGAAGUCAAUUUCCUAUUGCUCUUACGACAGCUAUGUCCUUCACAAUGCAUACAUACUUUGGCACGGAUGUCAAACUGCCGCUACCAAGAGCACACGGAGGUCAAACUCCAACCACUACCCUGGGUGCUUCACCGAUGUGGACGGAAUUGAAAAAGGAGCUACCUUACUACAUGACUCUAAGUUGCACUCCGGACGUGAUGAUAUCGACGCUGUGUGGAUCAUUCUGGCAACCGGACAUUCCUUGUAAUAUGGUUUCUCAAUGGCUACAUCCGGUUCUUGAAGAGGUCUUAUGUGAUGUUGCAGAAGGCAAGGGUCAAGAACUUCUUGCUUUGAUCGGUGCCAUUCGCCGGCCAAGUGUGGGUGCGCUUUGGAUUGGAGCAGCGAUGAGCGGCAUAGGCCCUGAAAUUCUUAAAUGGGUAAGGAGAGGCAGGCCACCUCUUGACUCAAAUGCCUUUCCUUGGACUGGCGCCCCUCAACACUUUAUGGAUGAUGCAGGUUCAGGUCCGUAUACCUGGGGCGACCCUGAAUACAUUUCAAGACCUGACGUGUGGCGCUUACUACCCCUCACUCCGACCGACGCAGACGACGACUUGGGCUACGAAUAUCAACCCACGACACCCUGGGAACCUUGCGGGGCGUGUUCGACAACGAAUUGCGCGCUUCGCGUCAUGUCACAUUCCAAUUGCGCUCGGCACGCGUACCGUUACGACCACUUCAACUGGGAAUUAGAGAAUGGAGAGACUGUACAAGAUUUUGGGUUCUCGGAAAGAUAUCCAUCGCUUUUGACAGAGCUUUCCAUCAUUCCAGACAGCAAGGUUAUCAGUCAUUCAUUCGAGAGGAAGGAACUUGAUCCCGAUCGAGAGGCUUCUGAGGAAGCUUCGCUUGAGAUUUUUAGAUGGUUCGUCAUCGGUGGAGAAGGCAUACCUCCUGAGAAGAUAUUCCGCGACGAUUUGCUUCAACAAUCGUGGGACCAGCUCGAUGACCACGUGGGGUAUGGAGAGGCUGAUCCCCCAGAUUCUGAAGAACCUGUGCUCAAAAAUAAGGAUCGACUUGAGGCUUGGCUAGAUACAAUUGGCUGA